AGGUAUGAUUGAUCAGACAUAGUUAACAGUGCCACUGUGUACAGGAGUCGUCAGAUGAAAGGCCACACGUCGAAACAUCCACCUCACUCUAUUUACAAUAGAACGUUGCUUGUUAACUAGUAAUCAUUUAAUGUGUACCGGUAACUAAAUAACAUAUUCGCGUGUUCACACAAGAACCGUAAUAAUUGUACGUGCAUAAUGCAAUAUGUAGCACACUAUUAGUCUGGCUGAAAGACAAAACCUACAUACAAGCCCAAGAUCGAUGAGUCGCCCAGAAGAGCCUCACAGUGCUGGAGGUAUUAGAUGAAAGAGGACAUCAUGGCGAGGUGGAUCACCGACGGUGUGGCAAUUUUGGUCUGGAUGUUGGUGACUGGAACUGUUCUUUGCAUUCAAGAAAGAACAUACGUGACGGUUUUUACACAGAACUUCGUUGGCUAUUCGCACAACAUGUACCUAUACAUUACCUCAUCACGUCCACAGCCAGUGACAGUUGAAGUGUUUGUUCCGUACCUAAAUACCGCCGCUCCUUUCCAAAACCUCACGCUUGACCCAGGACAAAGAACCAAGUUCACAUUGCCUGCUGAUGUUCAGAUGCCUACAGGGACGAGGACGUCAAACAGGAUCAUCCGCGUCGUGGCUUCCGACGAUGUCACAGUGUUGGCACUAAACGCCGAAGCGUCGAACCUUGAUAUGUAUCAAGUGAAAGAGACGAGUCAACUUGGAAAGGAGUAUGUAGUCGUGGCGCCUGACUCUUACAAUGCCCAAUCUGCAGCUACGGUGGGAGUAGUCUCCCCUUUCCAAAACACUGAAGUGAAGGUCACACUUCCAGACAUGCAUCCCACCAUUUCUGCAGUAGUAAAUGGAGUCCCACAGACAUUAUCAGGAGAGUUUUCAAUCACACUGCAGGAAAACCAAACGUUUCAGAUUCAGUCCGUUAACGAACUUUCUGGAAUGUACAUUGCAUCUAACAAACCCAUUGCCGUUUUGACCGGAGUAAACAGGACUGAAUCAUCUAGCAAUCUGUGUUUGGACGGGCAGAUAACUCAGCUGUUAAGUUUAGACAAAAUAGGCACGAAAUACAUUGCUUUUGGGCUACGUUUAUCUAAUCCUAAGGACUACAUAAACAUUGUUUCAACACAAGCAGACACGGACAUCUCAUUUGAUGGAACUACGACACAACUUACGAAUGCAAGGGAGAUAGCUAGACUACGUAUUGAGCGAAAUCAGUUCAAAUUGAUUGAAAUGUCUAAACCAGCAGUCGUAUCUAUGACAACUGCAUCAGGUAAAUCACCCACUAUCCAGGGUGAUGUGUCCAACUACAUGCUUCAUCCUCUUCCACUGAGGGACCUCGUCUACACAAUCACAGUGCCGGACGAUACAGUGAUCUCAGACUCUCAUAGAUAUCUUGUCAUCAUGGUUGAGAACGAUGGCGUGGGCGACAUUCUGUUGGACGACGUUGUCAUCUCAGGACCUUCGUGGAUACCAGUCACGGGCACCAAUAUUUCAGCCUGCUUCUAUUCGGUGACAGAUAAUACGGAGGCCAGAGUCCUGAGACACAGACGAGGAAAGCCGUUGGCUGUGUAUUUGCAGGGCUUCAGUCAUUGUAAUGCAUACUCUAUUGCAUUUGAAGCCAAUGAUAGAGAUAAACUUCUCCCUGCGGUCAACCACACUCAAGUUAACUCUCGAGACCUCCGUACAAACCAAGGAAAAAGAAAGACGUCUCAACGGAUGAAGGCACUCAAUGCACCGUUUCUACAAGCUUGUUUCUCCUUCUGUCUCAACUACGCGGAAUGUGAAGGUGUGAACUACCUACUGAACGCUUUGCCGACGGCCAUCAACUGUGAGCUUCUGUUCACCGAGACUGAUGGACAACAAGACAGUGCUGACUGGACGUACUAUCAGCUCGUGCCUGAGUCAGUCUGUGAUUAACUGAUUCAGGAGAGUUUCAUUGAUAGCAGGAGGUCACAUUUACAUUAUGUCGUUCUAUCACAUUGUACCCAACUAGGUACUAAGACUGUGAUAAAUGUUAUCUACUACGAACUUGGGCCGUAAUAAUUCUUAUUAUGUUAGUAAGGAUACGUUGAACGAAACAAUAUGUUUUUAUUCGUUUGCUCGACAAAAGUUGAUAACGCAAUGGAAUUCAACUUGAUUUAAAUGUUACGUAUACCAUUUGGUGAGAUUGUAUUGACGUUUAACCUUUCGAACUGAAAUGUAAACUGAAUUGUUUUCGUAUAUUGCAUAACUUUGGUAUGAAUUAUCAACAAGAGGUUUUUAACUAUUGUGAACUUCAAUUCAGGCCAUAUCAUUUUUCUAAUUGUUAAAACAUCCAGUGAGUUCAUAUGGAUUCUGAAUGACCUAUGUCUAUGUAAAGGUAUUUGCAGUAAAUGGCAUAACAGAGAACAAUUUAAGGUCCAACAUCAUGAUGGUAGACAUACACGGAUUUAGGAUCAGGAGGUUAUGUACCCAAAGUUUUGCUCAAAAGAGCGGGAAAUACUUUAGAAUGGAAAGAUUCAAAGACGACACAAUGACAUUAAGAACGUGUCAAAUGUAACCUAUGUUAUAUUUGGGAUUACACUUUCUCAGUAAAGUACAGAUUCUAG